AUGGCAACGUACACGAGCUCAUCCGGACCGUCAUCCUAUCGCGACUGUGUGGGCGCCCUGCGCAACUCCCUGUCGCAUCUAGAGUCCUCCGUCGAGACUCUGGGCACAGGUGUCGCGGACUUCCCACGUCUGAUGAGCGUGCUCAAGACCGUCAGACACUAUGAACUCAUUCCCCAGCCCACCCUCGCAGCCGCCGAGGCUUCUCUGCGCGACGAGAUAGGUCCCGCUAUUGCCGUGCUUCUCGACCGCGCCGACUCCCACAUUGACCGCGUAGAACGCCGUAUCGAAUCUCUCAAGGCUCGUUCCGAGCUGCAGCAGGGUCGUCUUACGGAGACCACUGGCGUCCGGAAUGCACCUUAUGGCCGUGCCAAGAGCAGCAGUACCGGCCAGAAGCUGGGCGGCGAGGCAAAGCUCAGGGCCAAAGCUGUGAAGCAGAAGAGGGAGGCACUCGAGUACAGCAUCGAGAGAUUAGAGCUGGAGGUGUCGCAGAAAGAGAGGGAAUUGAGAAAACAGGUCGAAAAGUCAUGA